AUGGCUGCGGGAACGACUGGUGCUCAGCUCUCUCAGAGAGAGUGGCUUUUUGCGUUUACACUGGUCACGACGCUGUUCUUCACGUGGGGCUUUGCGUACGGCCUUCUCGAUGUCCUCAAUGCCCACUUCCAAGUCGUGUUCAAGAUUUCUAAGCUGAAGAGCACGAUGCUCCAGUUGGCAUACUUUGGAGCGUACUUCGUCUAUGCACCUAUUGCUGGAGCGUUCAUGAGGAAAUAUGGAUAUAAGAAAGGGAUUCAUAUGGGUCUCACAUAUUACUCCAUAGGCGCGAUCUUUUUUUGGCCCUCUGCCAAGUACGAAAAAUACCCUGGCUUUGUAGCCAGUACGUUCGUCAUUGGCUGUGGACUCUCGUGUCUGGAAGUGGCAGCCAACUCAUACAUCUCCGUCCUUGGUUCGCCCAAAUAUGCGGCCGCACGCCUCAAUUUCAGUCAGGGUUUCCAGGGUGUCGCCUCCUUUGCCGGACCUAUGAUCGCGUCGCGCUGGUUCUUCCAAGGAAAGAAUGCGACCACGCUCUAUACAGUCCAAUGGGUAUAUGUCGCCGUCGCCGGGUUUGGCCUUGUUCUCAAUAUAUUAUUCUAUUUCUGCCCUCUCCCUGAGAUUAAUGACGACGCAUUGGCGGAGGAGAUGCAGAGUGUAGGCCUCAAUGGGGAGGAAGAACCCUUCUGGAAACAGUACCACUGUAUUUUCGGCUGGGUAGCACAGACAACCUAUACCGGCGCCCAAGUCGGAGUGGCCGCCUUUGCCGUGAACUUCCUCGUCGGCCAGAAUGUAGGCAUAUCGGAAUCACAUGCCAGCCAGCUCUUCUCGUACUGUCAAAUCACCUUCACGGGAGCACGAUUCAUCGGCGCCGCGCUGCUGAAUUUUGUUGACCCCGCGCUGAUGCUGACAGUAUUCGGCUUUGGCUGUUGUGCGUUCUCUCUGGGCGUUGCGUAUGCAGGCGGGAGGGGCGGCAUAGGUUGCCUCUUCGGUCUCUUCUUCUUUGAGUCGAUUUGCUACCCUGUCAUUUUCACACUCGCCACUAAGAACCUGGGUCGACACACAAAGCGCGGCUCUGGCUUAGUUGUCAUGGGCGUGGGAGGCGGUGCAUGGUACCCUCCAGCCCAAGGGUCGAUCGCGGACAGGAACGUUGCGCACUCGUACAUCGUACCUUUCAGUGGCUACGUAGCAAUGACGGUCUAUGCUGUCGGAAUGGUCAUCAGCCAAACCGUCAAGGGAGGAUUCCGCUUCCGCACUAUCGACGAGAUACAGGAGAAGCGUGCGGAGAUCGAUCCGGAGCCAGGGACUCCCGUGGACUUCGAGAAGAAGACCGCCGAGGAAUAUGUGGAGGCUCUAUGA